AUGAAAUAUCUCUAUUCUAUUCUUUCCUUCGGCCUCGCCGUCCUACCACAGCAGAGCCAUGCGCAACGAGGCCCAUGUCCUCUCCUGGGUCCUGUCUUCCCACCCGUACGCGAUCCACUCUCUUCCAGUAGUUUCGCAGACACCAUGGACCGACUCAACAACACCUUCCAUGAGUUUGGAAGGAACGGGACCUUCCAGGGCCUCAACGCUACUUUCUACGUCCAGGCCUUCUCCGCUUCCGAGACUCUCUUCCAACAUGGAUAUGUUCCUCCAGAGAUGAAGGGCUUCCUGACCUCACAAACGCUCAAUGAGGAUACUGUAUUUCGCAUAGGGAGCGUGUCAAAGCUGAUCACAGUGUACACCUUACUUGCUGAGGUCGGAAUGGAGCGCAUGCAUGAUCCCGUAACGAGAUGGGUGCCCGAGCUUGCGCGUGCAGCCAAGAAAAACAAGGGUGAUCCUGCGCGCAGAGUCCAGUGGGAUGAAGUCACCAUCGGUCAGCUUUGCGGGCACAUGGCAGGGAUUAGUCGAAAUCUUGGGCUCUUCGACAUCGCCACCUUUAUUGGACCAUCAAACGCCAACCCUGAGCAAUACGGAUUGCCCGUCCUCGACGACAAAGAGAAACCAAGGUGCAGUAUAGCAGAACCAAGCUUGGGACCUUGCUCCCGUAAAGAGUUCUUCCAGGGCCUUACGGCUCAAACCAACUUUCCCAUCACGUCCACGUCAAACACCCCCGUGUACUCAAACCUUGCGUACCAAAUUCUUGCCUAUGCACUCGAGGGAAUGACAGGAAAUUCGUUCGAGAAGUCUCUUGAAUCCUCGCUGCUUCGGCCCCUCUCGAUGAAGCGUACGACACUGGAGGCUCCCAAGAGCAAGAAGAAUGCCAUCAUCCCCGAGAAUGAUCUGCUUUCAUGGUGGAACAUCACGACGGGAGACUCUAGCCCAUACGGUGGCAUUUUUUCCACAGCUGCAGAUCUUACACGACUCGGUCAAUCCAUCCUGAACUCAUCUAUCCUCCACCCGUCCACGACCCGCUCCUGGCUCAAGCCUAUGACCCACACUGCGGACCUCCAUCUGUCUGUUGGCAUGCCUUGGGAGAUUCGUCGAGCCCUUCUCCCGCUUGGCCACCGCGGUACGCGUGUUGUCGAUCUCUACACGAAAAACGGCGCUUUCGGGCUUUACAGUGCAAUGAUUGUUCUUUCGCCAGAUCACGAAUUAGGCUACGUGGUGCUUCUUGCAGGCUCUGGAAGCGACAAAUUGCUGGGCUAUCUCCCUGAUCUUCUCGCAGAGACGCUGCUGCCAGCGGCUGAGUACGCGGCUCGCGAGACUGCCGCCGCGCGGUUUGCCGGCGUAUAUCAGGGAACCUCGAAUAAGCUGACGGUAGAAAUGAACCAGACGCUCGUGGUUCGGAACUGGACCCGUGGAGGCAUCGAUGUACUAUCCACGCAUGCCUCAUUCAUAUGGCCGGGGUCAGGGGUAGAGCCUGUCCUGAGACUGUACCCGAUGGGGCUGGAAGACGACCGAACAAUGUCCUUCAGGGGUAUUUAUGAAGCUAAAGCUGUGGAAGAGUCGGAGGCAAAGGCCAGGGAAGGGGCAACAGAGGCGCCUGCUGGUCCUUUCAGUGGUGGAUGCCUAUCAUGGGGCUUAGUGGACAUGCUGACGUACGGGAAUGUUGGAAGUGAUGAUUUCGAGUUUGAGAUCGAUCAGAGGGGCAAGGUUACUGGACUCAGACCCAGAAUGAUGAGGGAGACUCUCAAGAAGGUUGACUAAGGUUAUGCCUGCUUGUCAAAGCACCUAGCCACUUAUUCCCAGUCGGGGCAGUUGCGAGGUAGCAUAGAACACAAUAACAACGCCUGAGCUGC